GAUUUUAAUCGUUAUAAAAUUCAUCCAUAUUGUAUAUGUGAUUUUUUUGAUUUUAAUAAAAUUUGUGAUCAAUGUAAUUCAAUAUAUGAACAUAAAUUAGCAGCCUGGGGCAGAGGAAAAAUAUCUUCAGAAAUUGUUAGUCUAUUUGAAUUUGGCACUUAUCAAUUUUUGGAUGGAACUGAAAGAGAAACAGAUGAUAUAAAUAAGUUAAAGUUAGAUGAUAUGAAAAGAAUUAUUAAACUUCAUGAUAAUAAAAUUCCAUAUAAAGAAGUUAUAACAAACAAAGAAUUAAUGCCUGCCAAUUGGUUAUCAAAUCCUCAAAAUUACAAAAUGAUUGAAAGAGAUCAAUUUUCUUUUAUCAAUAAGAAAAAAAUUAUUUUUGAUAAAAAAUUUUAUCCAAAAAAUUUUUUAUUCUAUGGAGAUUCAGGUACUGGAAAAACUAUAUUUGUAAAUAAGCUUGGUAUGGUUUUAACAAAUAAACAAGAUUAUUGUAUUAAAGCACAAGAUAGUAAAUAUAUUGAUGAAUAUUCCAAUCAUAAAUGUAUUAUUAAACAAGAAUUUUCAUAUCAUGCAUUCACUUUAAAUGAUCUUCUUAAUAUAAUAUUACAAGAUCAAUGUAUAAUAAAACAGAGAAAUAAAUCUCUUAUAAAAAUAGUUUCAAAGUUCAAUAUAUUUACUGGACAAGAUUUUCUUGAUGAUCUAUUUUCAUUUAAAAGAAGAUUAUAUAACAAUAUAGUUUUAGAGCAUCAAGAAAAAAGAUAUGCAUUACAUAGAUAA